GUGCCGCGUCAACAGUAAUGUCAAGUGAAGCGCUGGACGACGACAAGGUCGAUGGCGAGGAGAAGGGAAACACAACGCAGAUGAACGCACAAGUCCCGAGCGGUGGCAGGAACAAUGUCGUGGUGAAGGUUGGCAUGGUCGGAGAUGCGCAAGUGGGCAAGACCAGCCUCAUGGUCAAAUAUGUAGAGGGCAAGUUCGACGAGGAUUACAUCCACACGUUGGGCGUGAACUUCAUGGAGAAGACAAUCACAUUGCGGAAUACCGAGAUCACGUUCAGCAUUUGGGACUUGGGUGGUCACCGCGAGUUCAUCAGCAUGUUGCCACUGGUGUGCAACGACGCCGUGGCCGUUCUGUUCAUGUUUGACUUGUCUCGAAAAGCUACGCUGACUAGCGUCAAGGAAUGGUAUCGACAAGUGCGCGCCAUCAACAAGAACGCAUUCCCAUUUUUGGUGGGCACCAAGUACGACCACAUUGCCACGUGCUCCCCCGACGAGCAAGACGAUGUGACCAAGCAGGCGCGCAAGUUUGCCAAGGCUAUGAAGGCGCCGCUGAUCUUCACGUCGGCGUCGCAUGCUGUGAAUGUCCAAAAGGUGUUCAAGAUCGUCCUCAGCAAAGUGUUUGACCUGAAAUGCACGAUCCCACUGAUUCAAAACGUUGGCGACCCCAUUCUUGAGUACUAGCAAUACUGUACUAGCAGCAUAAAUACUUCAUAAACCACAUUUUCCUUCACA